GGACGCGCUGCCGCCGCCGCCGGGAGCUGCAGGGCCUGGGCCGGGCCCGGGCUGCAGGUUUCCAAGGGGAGGAUCUUCUGGUCCAUUCCAAUGUGUUCUGAUCCAGCUUCGUGGAGGCUGACAUGGGAACUCCUAUGGACAUGGUGCCUAGCAGUGCAUCUCGGCAUGCCGAGCCUUCGGAGGAGGAGGAGGAGAAGGAGGUCGUGCCCUGAGCUGGAGGAUCUGCACUGUGUGCUCUGAGAACGUGGCUCGUGAAGAAUGCUUGCCUGUUUGGCCAGGGGGAAUUUACUGGAUAUUCCGCAAGAGGGCUUCUCAGAGCAGCAACUACAGGCGUACAUCGCCUGGGUGAAUUCUCAGCUGAAGAAGAAGGCAGCAAUAAAGCCAGUGCAGGACCUGAGGCAGGAUCUCCGAGAUGGGGUCAUCCUGGCCACUCUCAUUGAACUUGUAGCCGGUGAGAAGCUGAAUGGCAUUCAAGUCAGUCCCACCAGCCAGCAAGAAAUGAGAGAAAAUGUAGAGAAAGUCCUGCAGUUCGUGGCAUCGAAAAAGAUCCGUAUGCACCAAACUUCAGCAAAAGAUAUCGUUGAUGGGAACCUGAAAUCCAUCAUGAGGCUGAUCCUUGCCUUAGCUGCUCAUUUUAAACCUGGCUCUGGUAGAACAGCCAUUCAAAGCUCAGCCAGCAUGGUGGGGAAGAGCCUUUCAGCAUCAUCAGCCAGUCACAGGCCCCAUUCAGCGGCCGCAGUGGCCCAGGGUGCCGUGGCUGCUCUGGCAGAUGUUCGUCAGGAUGUCUCACGCUCAGGACGUGAUGUUUUCCGGCACAGACAGAGAAACAGCAGUGUCGACGAAGAGAUUGAGAAUCCCUACUGGAGUGUCCGAGCACUAGUGCAGCAGUACGAGGGACAGCAGAGCGUGCCCUCAGAGUCUUGCUCCUCCAGUCUCACAUCACCCAGUCCCAUACACAGCACAAAGAGUGAGUCCAUUGCAACCCAGUCGGAGGAGAAGGCAGACUUUGUGAUCAUCCGAGCUGAAGAAACAGAAACCAAAACAGAAGAGUCAGACUCUCCAUUUCUCCCAGAGUGGCAGGCCAGAAGCCCUGGGACAUACCUAGAGACCUCCUGGGAGGAGCAGCUGCUGGAACAACAAGACCAUUUAGAAAAGGAAAUGGAGGAAGCAAAGAAGAUGAUUUCAGGCCUGCAGGCAUUGCUGCUCAAUGGGUCAUUACCUGAGGACGAGCAAGAGGGAUCAUUUGUCCUUUGUGAACAUGGAGCCUGUCCAGAAGAGCAGCUGGUCAUAAUCCGAAGUCGUCUGGACCAGAGCAUGGACGAAAAUCAGGACCUAAAGAAGGAAUUACUGAAAUACAAGCAAGAAGCGCGAAACUUACAAGGAAUAAAGGAUGCAUUGCAGCAGAGGUUGGCUCAGCAGGACGCUUCAGUUCUUCAGCUAAAGCAGGAGCUGCUGAGAGCAAAUAUGGACAAGGAGGAAUUGCACAACCUGAAUGUUGAUCUGCAGAGGAAGGUUGAAGAGCGGAACAGACUUCUGGGAGAAUACAAAAAGGAGCUGGGCCAGAAGGAUCGGCACGUACAGCAGCAGCAGGCCAAGCUAGAUGAAAUGCUCCGUCAGCUCUCCGAGGCCAGCUACCAGCAGGCAAAUUUGGAGCGGGAGCUGGAGCACAAGGAGGCCCUGCUGGCUCAGUGCAUGAAGAGAGAGACAGAAGAGGUGAUGGGCUACAGCAAUCACAGCACUCAGAGCAAUGGCUUCCUCCAGACAGCAGGAAAAGGAGCUGCUCCCACAGCCCACAGAGUGACGAACGACCUGCAGUUGGUGCGUGAUGCCCUCCGCAGCUUGCGGAACAGUUUCAGCGGCCACGACCCGCAGCACCACACCAUCGACAGCCUGGAACAAGGCAUCUCCAGCCUAAUGGAGAGAUUGCACCGCAUGGAGACACAGAAGAGGCAAGAGAGAAGGGUUCAAGGGAAGUCGCCCGCAAGCCGAGCAGCGAAUGAGUAUCGAGACUCCUGGCCUCCCAACUCCAAAUUGCCUCAUUCUCACAGCACACCCACUAUGAGCAGCAGCGCCUGCACCAAAGUGCUCUACUUCACUGACCGUUCACUCACACCUUUCAUGGUCAAUAUACCAAAGAGGUUAGGUGAGGUGACGCUGAAGGACUUCAAGGCAGCUAUCGAUCGGGAAGGAACCCACCGGUACCAUUUCAAAGCCCUGGAUCCAGAAUUUGGCACAGUCAAGGAGGAGGUCUUCCAUGAUGAUGACAUCAUUCCUGGUUGGGAGGGGAAAAUUGUAGCCUGGAUGGAAGAGGAUCAUGAGGAAAAUUAAUCAGACUCUUGGGUGUUGUUAUUGUGGGGACCUGUAACUGGCUGGAAUGCUCAGAGAUAAUGACCAAAAAGAGUGUGAGCUGGGACAUGUCCAAUUCAAGCUGCCAAAAGAGAGGACUUCUCUGCAACCAACGGGUAAAACACUUGUGUGUGCGAGGAUGCCUGGCAUUUAACUUUCCAUGGCCAAAUGCAGACAGUGUUGUGAGACUGAAAUUGCAGAUUGGUGGGAAAGAAUCAUCUUGCUUUGUCCUGUCAACACAACCCUGGAGGCCUUAUUGAUGUGUUUCUCCAUUCUCCUGGUUCCCCCACCCCCUGGAAUGCCUGCUGCUGUUUGUAAACU